CUUCCGAUCUCAAUCACUUUCUGGAUUCGAGAUGACAUCCCGUUUAAUAAGAAGUAGCUCAAUAGCGCAAAGAUCGCUGCUUCAAUCCCGUCAAAGUGUCGUAGCACGAGGAACAAGUAGAUUUACAGCAAGUAUGACAACGCCAUCAAGCAAUGCUAGAGGUAUCACAAACAUUGCAUCAACACAAGUAUUCUCUGCUCCAGCACCAUUGCGAUUGCAACCUCCAACAGUAAAAGAAGAAGCAGAUGAAUUCAACCGUGCCUGCCAAGAAAUUCAAAAAUGGUUCGAUAGUCCUCGCUUCAAGGGAAUCAAGCGUCCAUAUGGUCCGGCUGAUGUCGUUUCAAAGCGUGGCUCAGUUCCCGUCACACCUCCUCAAUCUUCUUUGAUGGCUGACAAGCUGUUCUCUCUAUUACGCCAUCGAUUUGAAGAACGCAAACCUGUUCAUACUAUGGGUGCUAUCGAUCCCGUUCAACAAUCUCAAAUGGCACAUUUCCUAGAGGUGACGUACAUCAGUGGAUGGGCAGCAAGUAGUGUUCUUACAACAUGUAAUAAUGAAGUUGGACCUGAUUUGGCAGAUUACCCUUACACAACUGUACCCAACCAAGUUCAACGUUUAUUCAAAGCACAAUUACACCACGACCGUAAACAUUACGAAGAAAGAAGUUUGCUAUCUCCUGAACAACGUGAAAAGACACCUUAUACAGAUUAUUUGCGACCAAUCAUCGCUGAUGCUGAUACCGGUCAUGGUGGUUUAAGCUCGGUCAUGCGUCUCGCUAAACUGUUUGCCGAACAUGGAGCAGCAGCCAUUCAUUUGGAAGAUCAAUUGCACGGCGGUAAAAAGUGUGGUCAUCAAGCAGGAAAGGUUCUCGUUCCAACUUCGGAACAUAUCAAUCGUUUGAAUUCAUGCAGAUUGGCAUGGGAUAUCUUGGGUUCGUCCAAUAUGGUCAUCGCAAGAACAGAUAGCGAAAGUGGUAAAUUGAUCAGUUCAAACAUUGACGUUCGCGAUCAUGAAUUUAUCAAAGGUGCUUAUAAUCUACCCGACGGAUCAAAGAGCUUGGCUGAAGUGUUGCAAGAUGCAGAAGCUCAAGGCAAACGUGGUAAAGAAGUGGACGAAGUGGAAAAACAAUGGAUGGACAGUUGCACUUUGUUGACGUUUAAUGACGCAGUUGCUCAACAUAACGCAAAUAACGCACAAGGUGUUGAACAAUACAAGAAGCGUGUUGAAGGAGGCGUUUCUAACAAUGAAGCACGCAAGAUUGCCGCUGAAAUAUUUGGAGCUGAAAACGUGCCAAAGUGGGACUGGGAAGCACCAAGGACGAAGGAAGGAUACUUCCAUUUCACCGGUGGAAUUGAUGCAGCUGUAAAGCGUGUCAACUUGUUUGCACCAUAUGCAGAUAUGUUGUGGCUCGAAACCAAGACGCCCGAUGUGGCAGAAGCAACCGGAUUUGCCAAACGAAUCCAUGAAGUACACCCUGAUAAGAUGUUGGUGUACAACUUGAGCCCAUCUUUCAACUGGUCAGCACACGGAUACGAUGAUCAAUCCCUGCAAUCUUUCAUUUGGGAGUUAGCAAAGGGCGGAUUUGUUUUGCAAUUGAUCUCUUUGGCAGGAUUGCAUUCUACUGGUUUGAUCACCAAUGAACUUGCAAGAGAAUUCAGUACAAAGGGUAUGGAAGCAUAUGUUCGUUUGAUUCAAAGAAGAGAGAAGGAGCUCGGUGUUGAUGUUUUGACACAUCAGAAAUGGUCUGGAGCCGGACUAGCAGAUAGAAUGAUACAAGCUGUCUCAUCAGGUUCUUCUUCUACUUCUGCUAUGGGAGAAGGAUCAACUGAGCAUUCUUUCUGAUCGUGAUGAUUGCCUUGAUUGUGUACCAUAUAGAUUGCCAAAAUUGAAUUGAUUAAUGAGAACAAGAACUUAAAUCCGAACGCGUCUUCUUUUUCACUCGUACGGCGCCUUGUUGAGAGAAU